UUUAUUCGAUCCUUCCAAAAAUUCCAUAGUUGAUGUUUAUGGUUCUGCCUUUUUGUUUACGAAGAUUUGAAAGUAAUCGAUAUUGUGAUUGUUAUGGGAAAGCUAACUUGCAGCAGUUAAUAAAGAUGCAUAUAUCGAUCGCUAGCACAUCUUGAGUUCAAUCAGCGGAUCACGUGUGGAUCGAUCGAUGGACGGAUCGACGUGUCUCAAUUUACAGGUUUCUUUGAAACUUUCAAGGAAGUUUAACGACCCACUUCAGUUGUCAAUGAAGUUGCCAUGCAUCAAGAACUGGGGGACGAUAAACAAUGGACAGUGGAACGGGAACUUGGAAGAGGAUCAUUUGCAACUGUCUACAAACUAGUGCAUGCACAUACAGCUGCUUCCACCAAUGCUGAAAAUAAGUUUGCACUCAAGGUGAUAAAUGGACAAGGAUCCAAUGCACAUGACCGAGAAGAGGCCUUCAAAGAAUUUAGACUGAUGCAACGCUUGUCACAUCAACACGUGGUCAUCUUUCUGGAUUCUUUUCAAGUAGAUAAAGAUUUGCAUCUAGUGCUGGAGCUUUGUGAGGGAGGAGACCUGCGCACUUUCUUAGACAGGCUCAGAGAACAAAGAAUGCGUGAGGCCAAGGUCAGUGUGGGAGUGAAGGAGACACAGGUGAUCAAAUGGACAGAGCAGCUUGCCAGCGCUUUGCAUUACCUGCAUGGGGAAAAGGUUUUGCAUCGUGAUCUGAAACCUCAAAACAUACUUUUAAAGAAUGAACAGCACUUAAAAAUUGGAGAUCUUGGCAUUGCAAGACAGCUUAUCUACACACAAGAAAUGGUGAUGUCUUACAAAGGCACUCCACUGUACAUGGGUCCAGAAAUUUACAAAGGCUCUCCUUACAGUUACAAGGCAGACAUCUGGAGUCUUGGGUGCUGUGUCUAUGAGAUGAUGUCACUACAAUAUGCAUUUCAUGCCAGCAACAGAUACCAAGUUGCAUGGGCAGUAAUGUCCAGUCAGGUAAAACCACUUCCAGCUUGUUACAGUCAAGAGUUGCAAUCUCUUGUCUUCAACAUGUUGGACAAAAACCCAGAUGCUCGGCCUUCUGCUGCUGAUAUUGUCUGUACUAUUCAGGGUUUGCAAGAUUUGACUUCACAAAGAUGCCAGCAACAGGAAGUGCUUAAGAGAGACAAAUGCUGUAGCAUUACACAGCUCAAAACUUCUCAUCGUGACAUAGCAAAUGCAUUGUUUAGGUUCCUCAGCAGAGAGCAUGCAGCACAAUCUAGUCACAUGGCCUAUCUUGCAAACACAUCCAUCUGCCACAGCAACAGAAGUAAAAACUUUGAUGCAGGGGAAGAUGUCUCCCAUAUUAGUAUCUUGCCACAGCAAGACACAGUACUCAAUUUACCUACAAAAAGAGAAGCACAUUCAAGCAGUGAGAAAAGCAUUACUGAGUCAACGCAAAGGGGUAUUACAAAUCAUUAUCAUGACAGCACAGCAUUCAGCCAAGAUAGAGAUAGCACAAGCACCAUGUUACCUAAAUAUGAAAUCAGUUGUGAUGUUGAGAGUUCCCCAAAUAUGGAGAGUUCUACUGAAACCUUGCAAUCUCCAAACCAUGAUCAUCAAUUUUCUGAUGUAGAGAGUUUUAAAAACUCAGACAACCAAAGUAAUUACCCAGAUUUAAGUAAGCUUACCUCUGAAACAGACUGUAGAGCAUACGCCAGAGAAAUUGUUAACUGGGCAAAAUCACGACUAGUUACACUGCAAGAAAACAAGACUUCAGAAACCAUGAAAGAACAUGAUGUAAAUGUCCUCAAGGAAGAUGCAACCCCAGGAGCUGAUCAUUCAGAAGAAGAGAAAAGCAGUGAUAUUAAGCACAAAUCUGGUGGAGCUGUACCAAAAAAAGCGAAAUUUAAAGAGAGUAAAACUGAGAAAGAACAUACAGGAAAAGUUAUAAGAAAAUCUGAAGAGAAGGAUUUAUAUCUUUUGCAGAAUAGAUCAAAAGAGGGCAAUGACAAAAUGGGACAAAAUGGAGCGAUAACUCUGUUCACAAGAAGCCAGCGUGUAACUUUCAAGAAAGAUGCUCACCUUUCACAAGAUAAAGACAUAACAGAUAAGGAAAUUUUACUUUGAGAAAAGACAUUUGAAAGAUGAUCCUUACUGAUUUUCCACUUCAUGGACAGCUGUGCAAGAGUGAUCACAAACAUUGCAACAUUUAGUGUUGGGUGAUGACUGAACCUGCACCUACACUGGUGUGAAGCUGGUCAGGUUCACAUUAAAAAAAAAAAAAAGAGAGAAUUAUAGCCAAGCUGAACUAUUGAUCAGUGUAAUUAUUCAUCAAAGCAAGACUUAAACAAGCUGAGCAGGUUGUGUGAGGUCAAGAUAAACUUAUCAAACAAACUGUAAUCUUGGAUUCAACUUUCAUUCUACUCCUUGGCCUCAGGACGAGUAAGCUCCACUGGCUGUGAUUGAGAAAAGAUGUUGGUGCUAAGCUUUCAUUUGACUGUUUGGACUUAGCACAUAUUCCAAAGCAGCAGCCCUUUUCUGAUUUUUUUUUUUUUUUUUAUGGGCCACCCAGCAGUCAGAAUAACAAGUAUCAACUCAGUCUGAGCAUGUGUGCCAGCAAUACUUCUGCUAUUCAGUCUCUUAUUGCUUUCCUUUGGACCAUCAAUCUUACUAAUGUUCAUGUCCCUGUUAAUGUGGGUCAGAAGAGCUUGAGACUGGUAAAAUCAAUAAAGCUCCAGAAAAAAGACAAAAGAAAGAUAUUCUUUUUCCCAGAACUCAAAAAGCUCAUCUUCAGAGCCUAUGCAAGUUACAGUCUAAAUCUGUAACCCUAGUAUUGGCAGCUGGCUUUUUAUUAAAGUAUUGCAUAUUUUCUAUUAAGCUUUAUAAUUAUAAUUGUAUCUUCAAUAAAAUUGACUUAUCAGUAGUUUCUACUAACUCCACAUUUUGUUCUUCUGGUGUUUAAUGUCAAGUAGAUGUAAAUAUUGUUCAUUCAGAAACACAUUUAAGUGCUAAUGUACUUUGUUUUACCUAUAUUUUGUAUCAUUCACAUGCUGCACAAGAGAAUGUUGCAGACUUGUUAUACACUUAAAAAAAUGACUUUGCAUGAUCACAUAGUGUUGCAUAAUGUGACCUUGAUCUCAACAUGAAGAUCUAAGAACCAGUUUUGAAGCAAUUUUUCAAGUCUCAAUCAGUACUAUGUGAAGGUUUGCAGCUACAAGACUAAAAUUCAGUUUUGUUACCUAUCAGCUUUUUCACAGGGCAUAGGGCUACUUGAAGUAGCAUUUGUAACAGUCUGUGAAUACAAUUAUUUUUCAUAAAUCUUUCACAUAUUUUUAGUGAUUCAAGAAAUUUAAAGUCUUGCAGUAGAUUAAUAGGAAGGAAAUCUGUGGUGGUUCUAGGCAGGGUUUCAGGUUGUGUAGUAAAGUGUAAGGUAAAAAGACAUGUACUUCAGUGUAACAGAAUACUUGCCAAAGGUGUAGGAAGCUGUGAUUGAGACUGAGGGUUUGGAUGGAAACUACCAAUCAGGUAGUAAGCAUGAAUGUGUGUAAUGAAAUGUACAUCUGGCAAAAAACUGACAUAUUUAUGAUUAUGAAAUAAAAUGAUAGCCUUUAUUAUUCAGGAAUGAGAAAAAAAUGAUCUAGAGGUGAAAUAAAAAUCUAACUGAUCACUAAAUAAAU